CUUUUUUUUUCCGCCCGCCUAGUGCGUGUCCGUAUACUGAGGCCCAGCCCCCUUCGCCUGUUUCUAUCACGAGCGCCUCCAGCAUGUCUGACAAACUGCCCUACAAAGUCGCUGACAUCGGACUGGUUUUUUUUGGACGCAAGGCCCUGGACAUUGCUGAGAACGAGAUGCCGGGCCUGAUGCGUUUUUUUUAGCAGUACUCGGCCUCCAAGCCACUGAAGGGCGCUCGUAUCGCUGGCUGCUUUUUUUUGACAGUGGAGACGGCCGUCCUCAUUGAGACCCUCGUCGCCCUGGGUGCUGUGCAGUGGUCUAGCUGCAAUAUCUUCUCCACCCAGGACCAUGCGGCAGCUGCCAUUGCCAAGGCUGGCAUUCCGGUGUAUGCCUGGAAGGGCGAAACGGACGAGGAGUACCUGUGGUGCAUUGAGCAGACGCUGUACUUCAAGGACGGGCCCCUCAACAUGAUUCUGGAUGACGGGGGCGACCUCACCAACCUCAUCCACACCAAGUACCCGCAGCUCCUGUCAGGCAUCCGAGGCAUCUCUGAGGAGACAACGACUGGGGUCCACAACCUCUACAAGAUGAUGGCCAAUGGGAUCCUCAAGGUGCCUGCCAUCAAUGUCAAUGACUCCGUCACCAAGAGCAAGUUUGACAACCUCUAUGGCUGCCGGGAGUCCCUCAUAGAUGGCAUCAAGCGGGCCACAGAUGUGAUGAUUGCCGGCAAGGUAGCGGUGGUAGCAGGCUAUGGCGAUGUGGGCAAGGGCUGUGCCCAGGCCCUGCGGGGUUUCGGGGCCCGUGUCAUCAUCACUGAGAUUGACCCCAUCAAUGCACUGCAGGCUGCCAUGGAAGGCUAUGAGGUGACCACCAUGGAUGAGGCCUGUCAGGAGGGCAACAUCUUUGUCACCACCACAGGCUGUGUUGACAUCAUCCUUGGCCGGCACUUUGAGCAGAUGAAGGAUGAUGCCAUUGUGUGUAACAUUGGACACUUUGACCGUGGAGAUCGACUGUCAAUGUGGCUCAUGAGAACGGCCGUGGAGAAGGUGGAUCGGUACCGGCUGAAGAAUGGGCGCCGCAUCAUCCUGCUGGCUGAGGGUCGGCUGGUCAACCUGGGUUGUGCCAUGGGCCACCCCAGCUUCGUGAUGAGUAACUCCUUCACCAACCAGGUGAUGGCACAGAUCGAGCUGUGGACCCAUCCAGACAAGUACCCCGUUGGGGUUCACUUCCUGCCCAAGAAGCUGGAUGAGGCAGUGGCUGAAGCCCACCUGGGCAAGCUGAAUGUGAAGUUGACCAAGCUGACUGAGAAGCAAGCCCAGUACCUGGGCAUGUCCCGUGAUGGCCCCUUCAAGCCGGAUCACUACCGCUACUGAGAGCCAGGUCUGCGCUUCACCCUCCAGCUGCUGUCCUUGCCCAGGCCCCGCCUCUCCUCCCUAAGAGCUAAUGGCACCAACUUUGUGAUUGGUUUGUCAGUGUCCCCCAUCGACUCUCUGGGGCCGAUCGCUCAGUUUUUGGCCUCUGCUGUAGCCGUCAUACUGUUCCAAAUGUGGCAGCGGGAACAGAGGCCUCUCCUCAAGCCCCAGUCAUGAUGGAGGUCCCAGCCACAGGGAACUAUGAACUCAGUGGUCUUGGAACAGCGCACUAAGUCAGUCCUUCCUUAACCUCGAAGUCAGUAGUGGAGUCACAAAACCCAUGUGUUUUGCCAUCUAGGCCUUCACCUGGUCUGUGGACUUAUACCUGUGUGCUUGGUUUACAGAUCCAGUGGUUCCUCAGCCCACGACAGAUGAGAAGGGGGUAUAUUGAAGGGCAAAGAGGAACUGUUGUUUGAAUUUUCCUGAGAGUCUGGCUUAGUGCUGGGUCUUAAACCUCAUAACAAUGAGGUUAGUACUUUUAGUCCCUGUUUUACAGGGGUUAGAAUAGACUGGUAAGGGGCAGCUGAGAAAGAGUAGAGAAGUGACAGCCAGAGGUUGAGAGGGGCCAGAAAAACAUGAAUGAAUGCAGGCAGAUUUCGUGAAAUCUGCCACCACUUUAUAACUAGAUGGUUCCUAUCAGAACCCUGGGUCAAAAAGAGAAUAAUUUGACCUAUAAUGUUAAAAGAAAGCAGGAAGGUGGGUAAAUAAAAAUCUUGGUGUCUAAAA